AUGGUUGACGCCGAUGUGAUUUGUUUAGAUGCAGACUACACAUUGAUUAAAUACAAGUUAGCUGAAUUUUUUGAGCUUCAAUAUAAAUCUUUAGCAAAAUGUGUGGUAAAACUUGGAUUUUCUGAGUCACUUUUGAAUCCUCCUUGACUUGGUGACAUGAAUAAAUAUUUUUUUAAUGGAUCUCUUGCAGAUCUACAAACUGGGUACAUCUUAAAGCUUGCAGAAGACAAUACAAUUUUAAGAGCUUAUUAUGGAUUAGAUGAAGUCAGCCAAGAGCAGCUUAUAGAAACAUAUGGAAACCCGCCCACUUAUAAUCUAGACCACUUAGAACUUGUAUUUGAGAAAGAAAAACACUUUAUGUUUAUCACACAGUUUUACGCUGGCGGUGCCUUUGUUUUCCUCUCUGGAAUUGAGCUGAAUAAAAGAGGGUUAUUAGAAAUAGGGUCUUUUUCGAAUUGGGGUGAAAAAGUUUAUAUUGCAAGUAAUAUGAAUUAUGAUCACUCUAAUAUAGCCUGAUCACUAUUUGGAUAGGGUUUAAGUGAUGUUGGGAGACGUCAGAUGGGAAGUUGACGAACCAACUUUCUGGUAAAGUCAAAUCCUGAGAUGGCAAAUUCUCUUCCUAUUGAAGAUUUGUCAUCUGGAGAGUUGACUUUCUCAGCAAAAAUGGGUUCGUCAACUUCCCAUCUGGCGUCUCCUGAUGUCAGUCAAGCCCAAUCCAAAGCAGAAAUCAGGCUAUAAUGAUUUAUCAGAGUUUUAUCCAGAAUUCUUUACAAACCCAGGAAAAUACUUAAUAAGACAAAGUGAAGAGGUCAAAGAAGAGCUGACUCCCCCUCCGUGAGUGAACAAAACCAUUGGAAAAAUCCCUAAUUUUUUACCCUCCGUGUGAGUGAACAAAAAUUUUUUAUGAAAAAAAAUUGAUAUAUAAGUGAUAAUUAGUAUAAUGAAACCUCUAGAUAAUUCUCUUUAAUUUUAAAAAAAUUGCGUUUUAAAACAUAAAUUUUAUAAAUUAAAUUAAUAUUUGCUUUCCAAUUUUUUACAAAUUAGGAUUUUUUUAAAUUUCGAAAAAAAAAAAUUUUUUUAAAAAAAAAAUUAACCCCCCUCUGUGAGUGAACAAAGUUUUUUUGUUCACUCACGGGGGGGAGUGAGAAAUUUAAGAAGUUCUGGGAAAAAAAUAGUUUUAGUUACAAAUUCUUGUCAUGAAUAUUCAGAAAUAGUUUUUCAAUAUGAGUAUGGAGAUGACUGGAUGAAUUUUUUCGACUUAGUGGUUUCUGACGCAGGGAAACCACAAUUCUAUUUAAGAGAUGAGGAAUUUGAAAUAUUGGAUAAAACUCAUAUGAAAAGAGGAAAUCAUAGAGCACUGAUGAUGCUGAUUGGGUGCCAAAAUUAUAUUUUUAUAGGAGAUCACUAUGUAGGAGAUUGUAUUGCGCCCAAGUCAAUUGCUAGGUGGAAUACCGCAUUUCUGAUGGAGGAAAUUUAUUAUGAAAAAAGGAUAGAAGGGGUUGCGUCAGCUUCUGAAAUUGAAGAAUCAGAAAGAUGCCUGGCAGAUAGUGAGACUGUGGACUAUUAUGAAAAGUGGGGAAGUGCUUUUGUAGAUAAAGGUAAGAGAACGUAUUGAUGGGACCAUAUUCUAAAGCAUAGUUCAGUAAUUUCAUCAAAUUUAUUAGGAUGUCUAAAAGCUAUACAUAGAUAA